UAACAUUUAUCUUUAUUUGAAGAGGAAAAAAAUGGAUUAGCAAAAAAAGAUAGAUUGCUAAAACUUAUUUUACAAUUCAGUAUUUUUUACAACCCAUAAUUGGAAUGAAAAGUAGUGUAAUUAUUGGUGGAUAAAUUAAUUUCCAAUAUCUUCAGUUUUAUUACCGUAAAUCAGUGGUCUCCAAACUUUCUUGAUCACACAUACAUUCUAAGUAAAAACAAAAUUUUGAGCAUGUACCCCAAUUAUAUAUAUAUUUGUAGAUGUGUAUACAUGUACUACUAUAAUACUAUGUACUUUCUAAAGUAUAUGCAAAAACCAGGAUUUAAAAGGGAAAAGAAGAAAAUGAAUAUUUUCCUAUAGAAGUUACUAUAGACUAAGUUCUACUGGAGUUUCUAUAGAAGUUCGAUAUAAAUAGAAGUUCUAUUAUUUUCUUCCUGCACCCCAUUGGAUCACCUUGCACACCCCCUGCUUUGGAGACCACUGCUGUAAAUGAAGGAACGUGUUCACAGUGGCACUUACACAAAUACUUUGGAGCGUCUAGUGAAGGAGAUGGAAGACACACAAAGGCUAGAUGAACUACAGAAGCAACUACAAGAAGACAUAAGGCAGGGGCGUGGCAUUAAAUCUCCAGUUAGAAUUGGAGAUCGAGACAGUACAGAUGACGAGGAUGACCUCUUGGAAGAGCACAGAGAAUUUCUAAAGAAAUUUUCAGUUACAAUUGAUGCUAUUCCUGAUCAUCAUCCAGGUGAAGAAAUAUUUAAUUUCCUCAAUUCUGGAAAAAUUUUCAAUCAGUAUACAUUGGAUUUAAGAGACUCUGGUUUUAUUGGAAAAAGUGCUGUAGAAAAGCUUAUUCUCAAAUCAGGAAAAACAGAUCAGAUUUUUCUGACCACACAAGGCUUCCUUACCUCAGCUUACCAUUACGUUCAGUGUCCUGUGCCUGUGUUAAAGUGGUUGUUUCGGAUGAUGUCAGUUCAUACAGACUGUAUUGUGUCGGUGCAGAUUUUAAGUACACUGAUGGAAAUAACAAUUAGAAAUGAUACUUUCAGCGACUCACCAGUUUGGCCCUGGAUCCCAUCAUUGUCUGACGUAGCAGCUGUGUUCUUCAAUAUGGGAAUUGACUUUAGGUCUUUGUUUCCACUGGAGAAUUUUCAGCCAGACUUUAAUGAAGACAGUCUAGUUUCUGAAACACAGAUGACACUGCGGGGGAGAGGAAGUGAAGAUUCACCUUCUAAACCAGUUUUUUCAACCCUUCCUGAGAGCAAUAUUUUAAAUGUGGUUAAGUUCCUAGGCUUGUGUACAUCAAUACAUCCAGAAGGUUACCAAGACCAUGAAAUAAUAUUGCUGAUCUUAAUGCUGUUUAAGAUGAGUUUGGAAAAACAGCUGAAACAGAUUCCUCUAGUAGACUUUCAAAGCCUUCUGAUAAACCUGAUGAAAAACAUCAGAGACUGGAAUACAAAGAUGCCUAAACUCUGUCUGGGCAUAAACGACCUCUCCAGUCACCCUCACAACCGUUUGUGGUUGGUACAGCUCGUCCCUAACUGGACAGCACGUGGAAGGCAAUUGAGACAGUGCCUCAGCCUAGUGAUUAUUUCAAAGCUUCUGGAUGAGAAACAUGAAGAUGUCCCUAAUGCCACUAAUCUUCAGAUAUCAGUGCUCCAUCACUACCUUGUACAAAUGAAACCUUCUGAUUUGUUAAAAAAAAUGGUCUUGAAGAAAAGAGCCGAGCAGCCAGAUGGCACUAUUGAUGACAGUCUUCACUUAGAACUUGAAAAGCAGGCAUACUACCUGACCUACAUUCUUCUUCACUUAGUUGGUGAAGUUAGUUGUUCUCAUUCUUUUUCUUCUGGACAACGGUGCUGCUCUGUGGGGCUCUGGAGAAGCAUGUUAAGUGCGACAUUAGGGAAGACGCACGGCUUUUCUACAGGACUAAAGUGAAAGACUUGGUUGCCAGGAUACAUGGAAAAUGGCAGGAAAUAAUCCAGAACUGUCGGCCUACUCAGGGGAAACUUCAUGACUUCUGGGUACCAGAUUCUUAACAAGAGUCGCAGCAGCAAAAGUACAAACAGAGAGAAGUUCACUAAGAACCUUUCCAAGAGAAGUAGGAGGUACUGCUGUGGAGUCCAGUGUGCAUUAAGAAAAUGCACAGCAGAUGUGCCGCUUGAAAACUGAACAUGAGGCUGGUAAUGAAGAAACGGCUUAACUGUUCAGGCACUGACCUUUUAUAGGAACAGAGCCUAUGAAAGGAGGGGUGGGACAGAAGCAGCUAGUAGUUACAUGUUUGAGCUGCCUGUACUUUCUCUUCUUGUUAUAUUGUAAGCCAGUUAUCUUUCUUAGGUAGUAUUUGUGGCACCUGGAUAAUCACAGGAAGUAUAAGAAGAAAAGUUUGGACCAGCUUGAGGAGUUGGACAUUAGAAACCAAGACCAGGUUUCAACUGGGUUAAUUUUUUUUGGUUUUUAGGAUACAAAGGGAAAGCUUAUCACAAUUUACUAAUAAAAGCAUAGCUCUCUUCUGUAACUCCUA